AUGGCAAGUUCGAAUGGCAGUAAUCGCCAUACAAAUAACUCCACUACACCAAGGCAGUUCCCCUCAUCACCAACCGGUGCCCACUCCCCUGGAAGCAGCCCUGCUUGUUGUUGGUCAGAAUUCUGCGAGCAACGUGCCCAGGCUACUGCCGACCAUUUUUUCCAAGACUUUCUGGAGUACCUGGCAGCCACCAGCGCCAUAGCUACGAGCAACCCGGCCAGUACUGCGGCCCCUUCUUCUUCUGUCGCUGCGGCCGCCGCUUCCGCAACAUCUCGAGUUUUGCCUUCCUCUAGUGGAGGGCUAUCCUCGUCCUACACGGGCCCUACUUCCAGCAUCGGGGGCCAUGCCGUGGCCCCUACGGGAAGCAGUAACAGCAGUAGCAACACUUUCUUCUCGUCGACGUCGUCCCUGGCCUCUGGGGGUCAUGGACAACAGCCGGCCAGCCAUGCCCAUCAGUACCAGCACCACCAACAGCAAUUUCCCCAAAACGGUUGGAUCGUGUUGGGGGACACCAUCGUGCACUGUCCGAGGAACCCCAUGGAUUUUGCCAUGAGGUUUGUUGAACACUUCUUGGAACACUUUGAAGAAAGGGUGCGACAUCUAUCGUUCACAGAUGACCCUUCGUUCCACAGUGUUAAUAGCAAGCUAUUAACGCCGGAUUCGAUUGGUAUUUUUGACCCUCUGCCACAGAACUCCCGUCCACAGUCCUUGACUGAGCAAAAUGGCAGUCACCGAGGAGAUGACCAUGGUGACUAUGCUGACCAAGAAAACGCCGUUGCAGCUGGGGGCGGCAACAGCAGCAGCAGCAGCAGUACCACGGCUAUCUCCAGCUCUGGUCAACUGAGUCCAACUGAGAAGCGGCGCAAGAGCUUCUUCCGACGGUUCUCUUUGCGUGGUAUCCGCAGGCACAGCUUUUUCAAGAGCAGCUCAAAUGAUACAAAUGGGAGCGCUGAGAAUCGAAAGUCAUGGAAAGGAAACAAGGGAGAGAAGCAAGACAGUAAAGGAAAGCUGGACAAGGUUGAGGAACAGUACGGGCAUGACAAUGUCACCAAGGAAGAGAUUGUCAAUGUCCUGUCGGGAGAGGACUCAAAGGGCAAGUCGAAAUGGGAACGAACAAACAAGGAAACAGCUAACCUUUCUUUCUCCUUCCCAUUAUCUAUUCACUUCUUCUUUCCCUCUCAUUUUCACUCUCUUAAAUUCUAUCAUCUCUCUUCUCUCAUUUGCUUUCUUCUUUUCCUUUCUCUCUUUUUUCAUGAUUUUUUUUUUAAUAUCUAUUGUCUUUUUACCUUCUCUCUUUAA